UCUUAUUAUUUAUUACUAUUAUUUUUGGCUUUGUUAUUUCACAGGUUUCCUGGCUUGAGCCCUUGCAUUGGUUCUGCCUGGGGAAAACCCCGUGUGGCAUAAAAUGCGAGCCUUGGGGUUGAUCUGGAUACACGGCUAUAUAAAUCGAAGAAAUAAACAAAUAGGCUGUGGGAGGAAAAAAGGAAAGGCUCAUGGUGGCUGUAGGGGAAUGUAAUUUGAAAGGAGGAGGAGGGGCAAUAUGCUGCUUCAGUUGGUGUUAUUAAGUGGAGCUUCCAAAUCCAGAGGCAGUGUAUACUUCGCUAUGGUAAAAAUUUUGGGGGGGAGAUUAGUGAGAGCUGCUGUCUUCAUGCUCUCCUGAUGCGCUUUCCAAGAGGUAGUUGCUGGCCAUUGUGGAAACUGGGCAGCCAAAAAUGGACUUUAGCCUUUGGCAAAGUUCUUGUUUAGUUAUCCAGGCCAUCUUUAGCAAAAGGAAACUAAGUACAACAGCAAAACAAAGGCAGCUGAAAGCCAAACCAGUUGGGCUAGUUUGGCAGAGGAGCAGCUUGGCCAGCAUAGUGUUGGUCAUAGUAAUAUGGGUGGCAAAAUGGUGUUCGGCGCAGCGCCUGGUGACAGGUGCUUAAGCAGGAUAGACAAGUCCCUGGCACCUGCGUCAUCACAUCUUCUUGGUGCCCGAGUCCAAAUACCUGCUCAAGCAGGUGGUAGAGUUCUCGAUGUAACAUCUGAUCCCUGGAAACAUCUGCUCAGUAAUAUAAAACACUGGUACAGAUGGUAUGAGGGGAACAAUCAGGCUUUGAAAUUAACAUAGGGUUUGGUGUAUACAGUACAUUUAUAGGGCUUUCUCGAAAGCAUUGGCAAGGAAUACAUAUUACACUAAGUUUUUAUAACUUGGACAAUUGAAGCUGCCUAUAAAACAUAAGGCUUUAAACCCCAGAUAUGUCGGCUGUAGCUCUGUGUAAUGAGUUGAAAGCUUGACUUUUCUGGUUUUACAUGGUGAGGCUUUUCUUUUGUAGACUCGCCUGUAGACAUAAUGCUUCGUGUGUAAAAACAUGAAGGUAGGCCUGUUUUGCAUAGAAAGAGGACUUUAGUAUGUGCCCCAGAAAAAUAUUUCCCUUGAAAAGCUGUGCAUUCCUGACAAGGUUUGUAUCUGCUUCCCUACUCGAAAUCGGCAACUGAAAGUCUGGCACAUUUGCACAACUCUGCAGAUAACUUUUUGCACUUGGUUUCGUAAAUGAAUAAAGUGCUCGUUCUUUCUUUGUGUAUUUGAGUUGUUUUCUAAUUGCUUCCCAUAUUUUUAUUUCAUACAAACUGAACAAUUGUGGCCCCUCUAUUUUAUUUAUAAAGGUUCAGUGUAUCUUUGCCUGCCUACAUCAAUCUGCAAGGGAGUUGCAGAAAAGCCUCAUGUUCAUCGAGCCAAAAGAUCUUCUGUGGUCUGGACCCAGAUUGUUUUUUUACAUAAAUAUCUGACUACGGAUCUAAUUAUGGUCAGCACCAUACUUAGAGAUGAAACCAGACAAAGGGUGAAGUUUACAGAUGAACGAGUCUGCAAGAGCCAUCUUCUGGACUGUUGCCCUCAUGAUAUUCUAGCAGGGACGCGCAUGGACCUUGGGGAGUGUACAAAAAUUCAUGAUUUGGCGCUAAGAGCAGAUUACGAGAUUGCAAGUAAAGAGAGGGACCUGUUCUUUGAGCUGGAUGCAAUGGACCACUUGGAAUCUUUCAUUGCUGAGUGUGAUAGAAGAACAGAACUGGCUAAAAAACGACUUGCAGAAACUCAGGAGGAGAUCAGCGCUGAAGUGGCUGCAAAGGCAGAGAAAGUGCACGAACUCAAUGAAGACAUCGGCAAGCUCCUGGCUAAAGCUGAGCAGUUAGGAGCUGAAGGGAAUGUGGAUGAAUCCCAGAAGAUCCUGAUGGAAGUUGAGAAAGUCCGUGCCAAGAAGAAAGAAGCAGAGGAGGAAUACCGCAAUUCUAUGCCUGCAUCCAGUUUCCAGCAACAGAAGCUGCGUGUCUGUGAGGUCUGUUCUGCAUACCUCGGUCUCCAUGACAACGAUCGUCGUCUUGCUGAUCAUUUUGGAGGCAAAUUGCAUUUGGGCUUCAUUCAGAUCCGUGAGAAACUGGACCAGUUGCGGAAAACCGUAGCUGAAAAGCAGGAGAAGAGAAACCAGGACCGGUUGAGGAGGAGGGAAGAAAGAGAGCGAGAAGAGCGUGUGGGACAACGAUCUGGAUCAAGAAAUAGAGAUCGCAGAAGAUCACGAUCUCGAGAGCGGAGGCGGCGACGUUCACGAUCCCUUUCCCGCGAGAAGCGAAAAUCCCGCUCCAAGUCUCGAGAACGAGAGAGGCACCGACGCCACCGUAGCCGUUCCCGAAGUCAUAGUCGGGGCCACCGACGUGGAUCCAGAGACAGGAGCUCCAAACAUAAAUCCUCUAGGGACCGGUCUUCAAGAGAGAAAUCGCGGGACCGGGAGAAGAAAGAGAAGAGUUCUUCUGAACGACGGCAUGAGAGCACCAAUGGCAAAUCUCGCUCAAAGAGGUCGGAGGAGAGGGAAGCUGGCGAGAUCUGAACUCCUGCAAGAACCUUCUUGUACUGUAAAUAGUCUUGAGAAGCAUUCUACACGGCCCAAAUCUCUCAUUUAUAUUAACGGAAUACAGCACAUCUUUUGUAGUUCUGAAUUUCUAUUGUUUCUGCAGCUAGCAAUGACAGUUCCCUGCCAUUGACCGAAACUUCGUUUUUAUUAAGUAUAAACAGACCCAGCAGCCAGUGAUCCACCCAAAUUAAUUCCUUAAACAGAAUGCAGCUGCUGGAAAGCAAUCCUGUGAGAAGGAUUGUGAUCUGCUUUAAAAACGUAUCCUCACCUUCACCUGCUCACUUUAAAGCAUCACUUGCAUUUCUGUUGCAAUUAAGUUUCUUCCCUCCUUAAAGAACCUCAGAUGGUGGGGCUUUCCCCCCCUCUUCUAAACAUUGCAGAUUCAUUUAGGGAUUCCAGUACUGUAUUUCAAGCAUUCAGUUCUGUGUAAACAAGUCAACAGUUCAGCUUACAUGCACCCUUGUGCUUUUGAGACAACUGUUACAACUGGAGAUGGUUUGGUUUUGGGGUAAUUGUAUUUAUAGUCUGGUGAAGUUAACACAGCAUUCUGAUUGAAACGAAUGAUACUGGAUUAUUUGGCCCAAUGCUCUGCUCCUCAGUGUAGUUUUUCACAGCUUGCCUAUUUUCCAGCCCAUUCACUUUCCGAAUUUUGCUCUCGUGUCCUAAUUUGUCAGUCAUCAGUAACGUUAGCUGCUAGACAUAAAUAUUUACUGCCUGAUGGAGAGGUCUUAGCUUAGGUGGCUUCGGUGGCGGAAUCUCAGACACUUUGGGGCAAUCCUAAACAGGUCUUAAAGACACUGUGUUGAGAGGUGCCCUCAGUGGGCAGAUAAUCCCGAGAAAUGUAUUUGUUUGCUGAACAAAUUGCAGUGCUGCGCUUCGAAGCUGCGCUUGCAACGACAAACUAAGCAUUGGUUGGAAGAGAUCAGCGAGAUAAAGGAGCAUCAUCUACUAUUGCUAUGAUCUGUUUAAGACAUACAGCAGCUAAAUUCUGACAAAUGACCACUGAAAGCAGAUAAAAGGUACAGCAGAUGUUUGGGCCUCUCCUUCAUCCCCUCUCCCCCCAGCUCUUUUUGGCUUCAUCUGCAAAAUUGCAGAGAUUAACAGAAUUAUACUACUCUUCAUGCACAUUUAGAGUUUCUUUUCUUUCCUAUUUUUGUUUUGCUGUCACUGCUACUUUUUCUGAUAGAGCAACGUGGCAUGUAUCUUAUUCGUGUGUAGUAUUGAAUGGCUAGAAGCAGCAGCAAGCAGGUGCAUUUGCUGUGGGGAAAUGGCCCCACCUCUGAUUCAGGCUUUAGGUUCCAUGGGAAAGAUUCUUCCUGGGAAUCUCAAAUCUAAAAUGCACCCCCCAGCUCAGGAAGGUCAAUGGGUCCAGUAAAAGAAACUGGCAAGGGAAAUCACGUUAAAUGUACAGAGCAUUAGGAAUGCCUCCCUCAGUGAGGAUUUUUAUGUUUGGUAUUUGCAGUUGAGCAGUUUGAUCUGUAACAGCACUUCCCCCCCCACACACACACACACACGUCUUUUGAGGAGUUUUGGUCUAAGUAACGAAGAUGUAAGUAAAGUGCUGUUGUCCUGCCAGUCUGAUUCACAUUAAAAGCUUAUCUUUGUGGCUUGGAGUGGUCAGUGCUCUAUUUGAGGGUCGUAUUGAUGUUUAAAACGUCCUGGAAAACAAGGUCCUAAUUAGACUAGCAUAGAGGGUUAGAAAUAUACUGAAGCUCACUAUGGGGCAAUAUGAUGAGUAUCUGUAGCUCAUAAGAUCCUGCAUUGUAUUACACAUUCCUGAAUUGUAGAGACUUGGUCCAAUGCUGGGUCAGUGUUUCUACUGUAUUGUAACAAGAACAAGGCACAAAAAUUGGCUGUCUGUCUACAUCACCACAGAGAAGGGCUAUUAACAUCUAUAUAAAAGAGAGUUUUAAGAGUUGGAAGUAGGUUUGAAGCUAGAAAGUUACCACCUCUGCUGAAAAGCGUAGGAAUUCCAGUUAUCUGGUUCCUCCGUAAACACACACAUAGCACACGAGCUUUAUUUGCUUUUUGUUUGUUUGGGGAAUGAAUGAAUUAUUCAACUUCAAUUAGAUUGGGAGGCAACCAGGCAUAUUAGUUUCCAUUGAAUUCUGUUUGAAGGGGAGCACCUCCUUUUGUUUGUAUUGUUUCUCAUCAUGGGAACCACCCAAAUCUGCUAAUCCUUGCUUGUAGUUCUUGAUAACCCCAACAGUUUUCUCAUUCGGCCAUACCGUUUAUUCACUGUCAGGCUCCUGCAAAUAGCCAGUGCUCUGAACUUUGUCCAAAUCAGAUUGGGGCUGAUUUGGAUGUCAAAUAAAAUAGAAUCAGUUUUCUAAAUCAUUUUGCAUGAUGGAGUCAGAUUGAUUUUUCAGAUGAGCUCAGAUUUUUGUCUGGACUUCAUUUGCACCCCCUGUUAUUAUGCAUUAGAUUAGGGGCACCAAUUCCCUAAAAUUACCAAAUAAGCUCACAUGGAAGUAGAAUCUGAAUACUUCCUGGCUUUUAGUUUGUAUUUUAAGCCAAUGAGUAUUUAUUACCAUGACGUUCCAGAAACAGCACAGUGCAGCAUUGCCUUUAAAAACUGAGGUAGUGUAAUAAAAAUUGGUGUACAUAUAUUUACAAUAUGAAUUCCUAAAGUUCAUAGAAUUCUAAAGAGCCAUUUAGGCCAAGUGUAAUCCUCUUGUUUAGUGCAAGAAUCUAUAUUAAACAUUCCUGACAGGGUGGGUUUAUUUUGGGGGAGGGGGUCUAGUCUCUGCUAGGAUACCUCCAUUGAAGGGGAACCAACACUUGGUUUGGAAAUUAGCUCAUUAUUGGUUUGAGCCCCACUCUUCCCAGAGGUGAUGUAAAAAGUUGGUAACACCCAGGAUUGUUUUUGGUUGGCUGAUAUUUUCACUGUUUCGGUCAUAACCAUUUUCUUUAUUUGAAGCAGUGGAGAGGAAGAAAAAAUAGAUGCAUCUUUUUGAAAUUGAGAAUUAAGGUAUAGGUGGGAUUCAAGUGGGUAAUUAACAUUUCUAAAGGCCUUGAAGGAUUGUGGGUGAACACCUUUUCCUUUUUAAUAUCAUAUAUGUUGCAUUCCAGCAUUGAGGAUUUGCAGUUGUGUAAACAACACAAGCUUUAGAGCUCGAAGCCAUUUAUAAUCUUUAAGUUCAACUUUUCUGUUUACAUUCAGCUACUGUGCAUUUUUAUUCAGAUUCUGGCCAACCAUGUAUAGCAAAUAGCUAAUUGUCCAUCGGUACUAUCUGUAAGGGAAGAUAGAUAUGAUCCAGAUUGAGGGAGGAUUCUCUUGCCUAUCAAUCUGACAGGGAGUAGCUGGAGGUGGGUUUGUUGGGCUUUUGGUCUGUCAGCUGAAUAUUUGGUUCAUGUGUUGUCCACUCUCUGCUAUGCAACCGAUUCCCUAACAAGUCCGAAGAGUGAUUAAAAACUUGUUGGGACUGCCUGGAUGAUUUCUCCAUUCAUGCUACCACUGUUUUGUUGGACAUUAAUUCACACUUGUAGGGCUGCUCUCCUGGCCAUGAAGCUGCUGUCCUCUUCUGACCCUGUGUCUGGGGCAGGACAUGGGUCUCCUAGAAUUCUGUCCUCGUCAAGGUUAUUCUGUGAAUAGAAGGGAUUUCUGUGACUCCCUUAUACAGGAUGAGUCACGUUCCUGCUGAGUGUUGAACCAGGCACUGGGAACCUAAGUGGUGUGUGAGUCUAAUAUAAAAGGAAGCCUCCCAUCAGAUGACAUGGGAUCCAGAGUCCUUUCAUCUUGUACUUCGGAGAUCUCUUGUCCAGAUGUUCUUGAAAUUCUGGAUUGAUCAGGGUAAUCAGCACAAUUGUAUGUUGCACUGUAGUCUCCUACUUUAAAUCCAAGGGACAGAUGGGGAAGUAGUUGGGGUGGGUACUAGAAUUCAGCUAAGAAAUGUUGGGCAUAAUCAGUUCAAACAAUUUAAAAGCCCACUUGAGUUCUUAAUCUCAGUUCCCCAGCCCCUUAAUGCCCAGCUGUCGUAGGUGGAAUUUAUCUAGCAUGCUCCUUGACCUUAUUGGUGGGGGAUGAUCAGAACAGUCGAGAACAUCUGGAGAGCACCAGCCUGGUUUGUCAGUGACUUGCAGCAACAAAAAUAGGUCUUUGGUGCGCCAGCAGGUGGCAUUAAAGCCUCUGUAUAAUGUAUACCAAGUACAAAGUGGCAUAUCAGUCUUAAUAUUUCUUGUCCUAGCCCUGUGCUUUUAUGACCUUCUGUGUCUUAUUGCAUAAUAAAUGUAUUAGAUUUUCAAGGUAUUAAUGUGGUAAGAUUGUUCUGAUUGGCCAGAUUUUGAGACAGGUAACAUGUCACCUUCAGCCGUGGUUUGCUUCUCAGUCGUUUAUUGGAUAGACCAUAGUUGGCUGGAGUCAAUCUGACAAGCCAAGACAAAGCACACUGCGGCUUACUGCGGUGAGUAUCAAAUGUCAAGUUAUAUUUAUAGCAAGCGGCUGAAAUUUGUAGAACUUAAUUUAUGCAUGGCCUUGUCCAUAUAGUCACCAGGAGUUGAGACUAACUCGAAGGCACCACCCAGGAAAAAAAAAACAUGGUAUAUAUGUGACCUUAAUUGGCUAAAUUAGGAUCUGUCUGUUUCUUCAGAACAGAGGUUGAGGGAGAAGCUGCUUUACUCUGAAUAAUGCUUACUUGGACAGGUGUAUUUAUGGAAUUAAUACGUUGAUAAUCUCGGCUUUCGGUACAAAUAAAUGUUCAGAGUACUUUAUGAAACAACAGACGAUCAAGUAAAAAUAAAUGAAACAUAGAAGCCACGAACUCAAAAACUUGAGCAACUAAAAAGGGGUGUGUUUGCUUUGAGAAAGCAUAGUGCCCAGUUCUAUGCAGUGCUAAUUUCAGUUGUAAAAUGAGCCAGCGCUCCUAAAAACAGAUUUGGGCUGGGAGGAUUUAGGCUGCUACCCUGUACAUCUCUGAAAAACUUCGAAACAAGCAUGCAGGAUUCAUAUGCAUCCAUCAGUUUAUAAAUGGCCUCUCGUGAAAAUGGCACACGAAUCCUCAAUCCAUUUUAGUGUCUAUUCUGCUGGGGAAUUUUGUGUGGGGUGAGUGAGGAGAGGUAGCCCUCAUGCAGAUUCAAAAUGGGAGUCAACAGACUUUAUAUCUGUAUUAAAACUGAAAGCUUGCCUGAGUUUAGAUCACUAUUAAAUAACUUGACAUUUUUCAAUUAUGAAUAAUCACUCAUAUCCUGCUUGUAACAUUAUGGGUGAAAAUUGUUCCUAUUUUAUUUGAAUAAAAGACAUUUGAGUUAA